AAGACCCCCCCCUCCACCGGUCAUCAUUCACCUCGGAUCCACGCGUCAUUGAUGAUUGCACCCAACCUGCUCGACAAAAAGCGUGAGAGACCAUCAUUUUUGCAACCUCCUCUCUCUCUCUCUCUCUCUCUCUCUCUCCCCCCAAUCUCCGGCCGGCGUCCAGCACCACCGCCACCCGACACUGUGAUCGCACCUUCUUUUCUAUAACUCCGCCGGUUCGGUCGUCUUGUGGUCCGUGCUCGCUCAACCGCAAGAGAACACCAGAAUCGACGAGCGUGUUAAUAUAAUAUCCAAAAGGGUCCAUGCUGGUGGGUGGUGGGAUGUGGGGUUUUUCUUUCCUGAGUUGUAAAGACCCACUCUUGUUUUCGUUGCCCUUCCUGACGACCACAAUUGACGCAGUGAGGGAAGAGAAAGAGAUAGGCGCUUGUGCGGUAUGUCUGUUGGCUUGCUUCAGUCAGUGAGAAUGAAGCAAUAAUUUCAGAGUCCCACUCUCUCUUUCUCUCUCCUCGAAGCUGAGGUGGGUUUGAUUCGUCGUUGAUCGAAGGAAGAAGAGGGGUUGCGUCAGUUCCUCUCAUGCUUGGUGAUGGCUCCUGCUGGCAAGGUUUAUGGGUUCCAUCGCGAAGGCAACCACUGGUUUUGCACUGCGGCUUUGCCAAGUGACAUCACAAUCAUUGUGGAAAGCAUCAACUUUCAUCUUCACAAGUUCCCUCUUGUAUCAAAAUGCGGGAAGAUAGCACAUAAAUGUGAAGAAUCCCCGAGCAGCGAAGACAGGACUUUCACAUUAGAGCUGGACAAUUUUCCUGGUGGCCCUGAUUCUUUUCUUCUCGCUGCCAAAUUUUGUUAUGGUGGCCGUGUGGAAUUGACUCCUAGGACCAUUGUGACAGUCUACUGUGCAGCAGAUUUUCUUGAAAUGACAGAUGAGUAUGGAGAAGAUAACUUGCUUUCCAAGUCAGAAAGUUAUUUCCACAAGAAUGUCCUUCGUAACUGGAAGGAGUGUAUACUGGCUCUCCAAAGUUCUGAAGCUGUCAUAACUUAUGCCGAAAAACUUCAGAUAGUUAGCAAAUGCUUGAAUGCACUGUCCAUGAUGGUUUGUACUGACCCAAGCUUGUUUGGAUGGCCCAUGAUGAUGUAUGGAAGCUUACAAAGCCCUGGUGGCAGCAUUUUAUGGAAUGGAAUAAACACAGGAGCAAGAAUUCGAAGUUCAGAAUCUGACUGGUGGUUUGAAGACAUAUCAUAUCUAAGUGUGGGGGUGUUUGAGAGGCUUAUUAGGACAAUGGAAUCAAGAGGUGUUAGGUCUGAGAAUCUCGCUGGUGCUAUUGUGCAUUAUGCUAGAAAAUACCUGCCUGGUCUGGGCAGAUGGCAAGGAGUGCAAAGUGGCAAAACCAGGACAGUUGCUAGUUUUAGCUUGACACCUGUCAUUGUGGAUCAAAGGAUUCUACUUGAAAGCAUUGUUAAUCUUCUCCCUGAUAAGAAGGGGAGAUCUUUUUGUCGCUUCUUAUUGGGGCUCCUUCGGGUUGCGUUCAUCUUGGGUGUCAAUCAUACAUGCAGAGAUGCAUUGGAGAGGAGAAUAGGAAUGCAAUUGGAGUUGGCUACCCUAGACAGUCUUUUGAUACCUACAUACUCGGAUUCCGACACUUUGUAUGACACUGACUGUAUUGAGCGGAUUGUCCAUUAUUUUGUUUCUCUUGAGUCGAAGGCCUCAUCAUUUUCCCCUGCAUCAUUUGAGCUGGAAACAUCCCCCUCUGCUGGACCAUUAACCACAGUCGCAAAGUUGAUAGAUGCUUAUAUUGCUGAAGUAGCUUCUGAUGUAAAUCUGAAACCUCAUAAAAUUUGUUCUCUUGCUGAAGCUCUUCCCGAUACUUCAAGAGUUUUGCAUGAUGGACUAUAUAGAGCUGUGGAUAUCUAUCUCAAGGCACAUCCAUGGCUCUCAGACAAGGACAAGGAAGAACUUUGCAACAUCAUUGAUUACCAGAGACUGUCCAUUGAUGCCUGUGCCCAUGCUUCCCAAAAUGAAAGGUUGCCACUGAGAGUCGUUCUACAAGUUUUGUUCUUUGAGCAGAUGCAACUGCGAACAGCUUUAGCUGGUUGCCUUAAUGUCUUAGAUACUGAAAGUGCAGCAGCGGGUCCAGUGUCUGCUCCGAGCAACAUGGCAGGACAAAUUGUGCAGAGAGAUGGAUGGGUGGCAGUAGUGCGCGAGAACCAGGUCCUCAAAGUCGAUAUGGAGAAGAUGAUGUCUAGGGUGGGGGAACUUGAAGAAGAAUUCGGUAAAAUAAAACAGGAGAUGAGAAGGGUGGCCAAAUCACACAGCUCUCUCAGUUCACCUCGCUUGGUUGCCAGGAAAAUCGGAUGCAAGCUUCUUCCACGAUCUUCGGACGCUCAACCGGAUCAUGCUGAAAGCAGUGGCCCCACUGCAAGAAAGUCGGUCGAGCAUGCACAGCCUUCUCGUCAUUCCAGACACCGAAAGAGUUUGUCCUUGGUCUGAAAAUUGAUCUGCAAAAGGUUUUGUUCUUUCGAGAUAACCCAAUAUGGAUAUUGAUCUAGGAAGACAGUAUGAGGAGGAGCCACGGUCAAGAUUGGAGGCUUCGGGAGGCUCCUCCUCAUACUGUCUCUUCCCUUUGCUCGAUUUUUUAUAGUCAUUUUUCAGCAGUGGAUAGAGGAUGACAGUUAAUGUAGUAGAUGACCUCCAACUCGAGCAUGCAUGCAGUGGUUAGUUUCAAAGAUGUAGACGCUGGGUGGUCACUGAUAAGCUCAAUGCGGUUCUCCCGAUUGAGCAUAUGCGUAGAUGUUUCGUUGUCUGGUCAUUGGGAUAGGUGUAUCUCUCCGUUUCCUUCUUUUUGUACCAUCUGUAAUCAUGGUGUUAUACAUGUACAUUUCAUGUACGGAACUAUAGAUUGGGAACAAGAGUUUCAAGAUCGGACAUUACAUAUACAAACUCCUGAAUCCUUGAGCUCAGCUUUACCGGGCGAAAAA